AAAUUGGAAGGCUUGGCCUGCAUUGUAUUAGAGAAAGGCUAUGUUCGUUCCACCAUUGUGUCAUUAUCUGGUUGGUUACUUCGAAUCAACAUUCCAUCAGGAGUUGGCUGAAGCAAUUCUCCAACCACAACUACCACAUCCAGCCAGCCUCAAAAUCUCAGCUUAGUGAUAUUCUUUAAUACUUUAGUACAUAAGCCAUUUUCUCCACAGGGCGUUUUUUCAAAUCCUGCUUUUACGUCAAGAUAUUCCCGACUCGGUUUAUCCUAAUUUCCAAGUGCCCUACAGACGUCAUCUUCGCUCGUUUGUGGAACCGAUUUUCGCCCCUUGAUCGCCCACCUGCUGUCACUCAUUCUUACCAAAACGAUUACACUCACAUAACUCGACAGCCAGCCAUCUGAACCAUCUACACUCGUUCGACAGGUAAAACUAGGUAGUAAAAUCACCAACCAUGAAGUCACUCGCUCAAACACUGCUAUUCACAACGGCCGCCUGCGCCACAAUACGAUCUAGGCAAAGCAAUAGCGGAUGUUGCUUCCAACUGGCCUCGGUAGGAAAGGUCAAUGAAACUGUCUUGGAGGAUCAUGUCGGUGAUUUAAUCCUCGGCGGUACCUUCCAACAAGGCGGGUUUUGCCUAGAUAAGACGACCAAAACUAUACAAGAUGGAUUGAAACACAAUUGCUUCAUGAGGGUUCCAGAUUACCAGUUCGAAUGUUACCAAGGCGCAGUUGGUACCACCGCGUUCGAUGUCACGAAACCAAAGGCAGACGGGAAGGACUACCUCACCUAUGAUAAUGGCCCCGGUACCUUCUACGCCUGCCCAGUUCCCUCGGGCGCGGGCAACGAACAGACCUACGACAUUUACUCUUCGGAGAAGACAGACAAGAAUGGAUGUGUCCCGGUCGCAUUAGCACUUACGAACGAGACACCAGAGUGUGCUGCUAGCAGUAAUGCUAGCAAUGCUACACAGACUCAGCCGCAACAGCGCCAGACCCCAUCUCAAGCAUGCUCCGUUGCAGCAUCAGCACCCUCACUUUCACCUUACAAACUAAGGCCCGGCAACUCCUCCGUAGCAGGCGGGGCGAACGCCGCCGAAGCCGCAAUCACUCCGGGAAGCAGCACCAUAUUCGAUUACACCAUCUCCGAGGACUUCCUCUCCAAGGGCGCUUCCAAAUCUUCGCUAUGCGCUCUCCAGUUCCGCAUGCCAGUAUGCACAUCUCUCCCAAAGGGAUACCCCUGUUAUAGCUUUAGUGGGCUGGAGCAAGAGUACCUGUCGGACUCCGGGAUGACGUUCCACCUCGAGGCCGACGACGGCAACGCGCCGUGGAAUAGCACGGAAGUGCACCAAGUUUUCCCCGGAGAAAACACUACCAUCGGCGUCUUCGAAUGCGGGCAGAAGGCUGAUCGCAAGAUGAGUUGGCAUGUGAGCAGCGUCAGGGAAUUCGCGCUCGAGUUCCUACAGGCUGGCGUCGGCCAAAACGCUGAGUUCCAAGACGGAGUUGGUGCCUGGAUCGUCCCUUGCCAGUAAAAGGUUAGAGGAGCUGGCUUGCUUGAGGCAGUCAUGAAAAUUGACUGUCUCAUAUGGAAAUGGUUGGGGAAAAUGAAAACAUUGGGUCGAACUGCAAAGACGUACUAUGCUAGGACUCGUAUACUUUCUAACUAACCUUAGGGAAACUCACGGCAGUGAUUAUGAUACGAUGGCAGUGUAAUGACAAUGGCUUCAGUAAUUAGCAUGACCAUUGUACACCCCUAUGCAAUGUAAAAAUACUUAGAUGUUCAGGUAGACUAAAAGAAGGUUGUAAUACAUUGGAGAAAUUCAUUGCUGAUACUACAACAUGUUGAGGUUAUUGGCGCGCAUAUAUAAGUGAACCUUGA